AUGUCAAGCCAUGGAUCCUUACAGGAUUCUCCACUCUAUCAACCAGCCAUCACCACCGCCAACCAGCUCGUCCUUGACUACAUCGAGGCAACCUUCAAUGCCAUUUUACAAGAAAUCAGACAGUCGUCGGGCCAUGGCAAGCCGGUCAUCGUGCUGAAACGAAUUGUGGCAAUGAAACCUUACUUUGCUGAAGACGAUCCAACGCAUUUGAAUUGGCACAUCGAGUCUCGAGAAGUCAAAUAUCACUUUCCGGGCCAGAACAAGGCCGAAGCGUGGAGGUUCGCAUGUGUUGGGCGCAUAUUGCGUGAGAUAUAUGUUGCAAUUAGGCAAGGUGUCACCAUUACAAAGAGAGACAUCUACUACCACGAUGUUGGUCUUUUCAAGAACCAGGAAACAGUGGAUCGAUAUGUCGAUGACAUCGCCCACACUUGCCAGGUGACGAGACGAGACCUAAACGUCGUCGCAAGCCCGAAGGGCCUCGUUGCAGGACUCUGUGACCCUCGCCCCAGCGAGCAUGCGCCAGUCAUCCAGACCAUCUGUGUAAACACUCCGUUGACCGCCAUAGGACAUGUCAACUGGAUCCUUGUCAUAGAGAAAGAAGCGACAUUCAAUGCCCUGGUCGAGAGGGAAUUCCAUCGGAACCCAAUCAUCGGCCCAGGCCUUCUUGUUACCGCCAAAGGAUACCCUGACAUAGCCACUCGAUAUUUCGUACGCCAGCUUCUCGAUCACUCUCCGUCCUCUACCCCAGUAUUUGGCUUGUUCGAUUGGGAUCCAGACGGCGUCGGGAUUUUGAAGUGUUACCUGUACGGAUCGAAGAACUUGGCGCAAGAGCACGGUUGCAAUAUCCCAGAGCUAAGAUGGGUAGGCCUUAAGGCAGAAGAUGUUGUUUCGAGUCGAGAUACUGGCAGCUCAUUUAUGCGGUUGUCGAAACGUGACCGAAUGACAGCCAUCGGAUUGCUGGCGAGCCAGGAGUGGUAUGAUCAAGCAGGCACAGCUCUACCAGGUCUGCAAGAGGCGGUCACUGAAGUCCAGCGGAUGCUUAUGUUGAACCAAAAGGCCGAGAUUCAAAGCUUGGAUGAGGGGCGAGGUGGCCUUGAGGACUGGUUGACAGGAAGGUUGAUGCAACAGCUCUGUUGUAGGACAUGA